GGAUUGGUACACAUAAGUUGCCUGCUUCUGGGUAUUAUACUUCAAUAUAAUAUAUAUUUAUAUAUGUGGCUUUAUUUAUAAUAUAAAGUAGUUCUUGAAGCAGUAUUAGCUAGGAAUUUAUAUAAAUAAUAAAUUUUCAAUAUGUCAGCCUGGAAAGCCGAAGAUCAACUUAACGCUAUACUAAUCGAAGCUGCGAGUAUCCCAUGUGACGAUUGUCCUGUCGAAGAUUUGAAUUUAGAAUUCCCGCCGUAUUACGAUGAAAAACUAUUUAAACGUGGUCAAGAUUACUACCAGCAAAAUAUUUUUGCUAUGCACACCGGUAUGUUUUCUGGACUAAUUGGAGUUCUGGCGGUGCCUUCUAUUCUAAGAGUAUUAAUUUUCACGGAACGUUCAGGAACUGCAUGUUUGGCAUAUAGGAGAUAUUUUCAAACUAUUUUGCAUACUGCUUUGUGGUUUGAUGAUACACUCAACCCUAAUUCCAAGUCUUGGAAGUCCUUGCUUAUGAUACGGAAAAGGCAUUUGCUAACCGGAAAAUCAGCUUAUAAGCACGGUGCCGGACUAAUAAGUCAAAAAGACAUGGCCUUAACACAAUUUGGAUUCAUGGGUUUUAUUUUGAUACGACCACAUUUGCUAGGAAUAAAACAUGAUAAUUUAAAAGAUCGACAAGCUCUGGUGCAUGUAUGGCGAUGUUUAGGAUACAUACUGGGGAUAAAAGAAAAAUACAAUAUAUGUCGAGAAUCGUUCGAAGAAACUUUAGAACUUUGCGAACUGCUGCUUCAAAAAGUCUACAAACCCAAUUUGACCCAUUGCAGCAAGGAUUUUGUAAAAAUGACUAAAAUCCUAGUCCAAGGAUUGCAAGGACAAGCCCCAUUAUUAGAAUAUCAUGCAUAUAUGUUCUUCACAAAACGAUUGGCUGAUGUUGAAAGUUAUAAAUAUUUAGAAUCUGAUUAUCCGCCAAAUGAAAAUAAAGAAAUGGAACAAGCAUAUAAGAAAUUAGGAUGGUAUUCCCGAUUCUCUCUAUUUUUGAUAGUAGGAAUUCAUUCAUAUUUGCUUUCUAUACCGUUAUUUAGGUGGUAUUAUAAUUUAGAGAAACGAUUCCAUAUGAUAAUAGACAGAUAUAUUCCUUAUUUAGCUAUUUAUAAAUUUGGAUGGAAGAAUGCAUUUGUAGAUAUAAGAGUAGACACACCGCUUCCGGAUUCGAACUCGAAACCCAACGCAACAACUACCGCCUAUGCUACCGAACGAUUUAACGAUCUCGACCACCAUCUCCUCUUGCAGUUGUCAAUUAUAUAA